CAACACAGCCUCCCACCAUAUAACCCAACAAACCCUGCUCUGUUCAUAACUCCGUAUUCAUUCAUUCAAAACUGAGAUUUAUUUGGAAGUCUCUGCAUUUCUUGCUCUCUUGCUUUUUUCUGGAUAUGGCGCUACUCUCAGAUCUCAUCAACCUUAACCUCUCAGACACCACUAAGAAGGUCAUAGCUGAGUACAUAUGGAUUGGUGGAUCUGGUAUGGACCUCAGAAGCAAAGCAAGGACCCUUCCAGGACCUGUUAGUGAUCCUUCAAAGCUUCCCAAGUGGAACUAUGAUGGUUCCAGUACGGGUCAAGCUCCCGGUGAAGAUAGUGAAGUGAUCUUAUAUCCUCAGGCAAUUUUCAGGGAUCCAUUCAGGGGAGGCAACAAUAUUCUAGUCAUCUGUGAUGCUUACACUCCAGCGGGAGAACCAAUUCCAACAAACAAGAGACAUCAUGCUGCUAAGAUAUUUAGCCAUCCUGACGUUGCUGCUGAAGAAACCUGGUAUGGUAUUGAGCAGGAGUACACGCUGUUGCAGAAAGAUGUCAAAUGGCCUCUUGGAUGGCCUGUUGGUGGUUAUCCUGGCCCUCAGGGACCAUACUACUGUGGUAUUGGUGCUGACAAAGCCUGGGGCCGUGAUAUAGUUGAUGCUCAUUACAAGGCUUGCCUAUAUGCAGGCAUCAACAUCAGUGGCAUCAAUGGAGAAGUGAUGCCAGGCCAGUGGGAAUUCCAAGUUGGUCCUUCUGUUGGAAUCUCUGCUGGGGAUGAGUUGUGGGCUGCUCGUUACAUUUUGGAGAGGAUUACUGAAAUUGCUGGGGUGGUGCUCUCCUUUGAUCCCAAGCCAAUUCAGGGUGAUUGGAAUGGAGCUGGGGCUCAUACAAACUACAGCACCAAGUCCAUGAGAAAUGAUGGAGGCUUUGAGGUCAUAAAGAAAGCAAUUGGAAAGCUUGGGCUGAGGCACAAAGAGCACAUUGCUGCAUACGGGGAAGGCAAUGAGCGUCGUCUCACUGGUCGACACGAAACAGCUGACAUCAACACUUUCUUAUGGGGCGUUGCCAACCGUGGGGCUUCCAUCCGAGUUGGCAGGGACACAGAAAAUGCAGGCAAAGGCUAUUUUGAGGACAGGAGGCCUGCGUCUAACAUGGAUCCAUAUGUGGUCACUUCAAUGAUCGCAGAGACCACCCUCCUGUGGAAGCCUUGAGUACCUGGGCUACACACGCCAUUGGUAUAUUGUUGACAUCUCCGUGAGAUGAGGAAUGAAAUGCGUUUCUUUAUGAUUCUAAGAUGUACUUUCCAUUAGAGUAGUACUGUCCUGUUAUUUUCUGCAUAAUUUGCCCCUGUAUACGGGGAUGUAAGGUGAGCUUAUUGCUUCCUUCAUGAAUCUCCCUCGUGUUAAAUAAUGGGUUUUGUAUCAAUAACAAAACGAAAGGGUUGAUCUCCAUUAUUGAAAUAGUUAUAUUGGUAUCUUUA